AUGGCAGGAGGAGACCCACUGAACCGCACUUUUAUUGACGACACACAUCCCUGUUAUCGGAUAAAUACCAUUUCUUCCACAGUUAAAAGAAAUCCUUCCACAUUAUGUGUUUUAUUCUGCAUUUUCAUCAGCUCUGUAUCUGCUGUAACUGUGUUGGGAAACCUUCUGGUAAUAAUCUCUAUUAUUUAUUUCCAACAGCUGCACACUCCAACUAACUUUCUCAUCCUUUCUCUGGCUGUGACCGACCUGCUUGUUGGCUUUGUGGUGUUUCCUCUCAAUAUGGAAUUCUCUGCAACCUCAUGUUUGCACAGUCCUAAUGUGCUUUGCAAUGUACGAAACAGCUUUGACAUAACACUGAGCACAGCGUCUAUCCUUCACAUGUGUUGUAUUUCUAUUGACAGGUACUAUGCAGUGUGCCAGCCUCUGACAUACAGAAAUAAGAUCAAUGGUCAUGUGGUUGUGAUCAUGAUUGUAAUAAGUUGGUGCACUCCCGUUUUUGUCGCUGUUGGUUAUCUUUUUGUCGGAUUGAGUUCUGAAAACUGCCAAGAAAACUGUGCUUUGGGUUUUCUGUUGACAUCUGGAUUGGGAAGUUUAUUUUUAUUUUACCUUCCAGUCAUAAUAAUGUUGUCAAUCUACCUGAAGAUUUUCCUGGUGGCUCAGAAACAGGCACGCAGCAUCCAGAACACCAACUGUCACAGCAAAAAGAAAGGACUGACAGCCAGAAAGGUGGAAGGAAAGGCCACAAGAACUUUGGCAAUUGUAAUGGGAGUCUUUCUGAUAUGUUUGUCUCCUUUUUUUCUGUGCUUAGCUGCUGAGUCCUUGGGAAGUUCCUUUGUGCCUGUUGAAGUGUUUGAAACUGUAGCCUGGCUUGCACUGUUUAACUCCAUGCUCAAUCCGUUCAUCUAUGCUUUCUUUUACAGCUGGUUCAGAUCAGCUUUCAGACUCAUCCUAUCUGGAAAAAUUUUUCAAGGGAAUUGUUCAAACUCAAAAUUGGUUUGA